AUGUGGAUCCUGCUGCUUCUGUUCAUGCCGUUAGUCCUCGGCCAGCAGCCGUGGGUGCCGUGCUCCGAACUGAACGAUGACCUUCGAUACCCUUGCCGAUGCAAAGUCCAAGUCGACAGGGCUUUGCAACUGAGAAUACUGAUGAACUGCGACCGCGUAGUAUUCGCUGGGGAUUUCCCACCCCUGCCUUAUGGUGCUCCUAUUGUCGCCUUCAGCCAACGAUGGGCCGGACAGCAGUCGCUGCCAACACAGAUAUUCUCAUCCUACGGCCUGCCCAUAAAAGAACUAGACUUUUCCCACAACAGCCUUCGUAGACUGCCCGAUCGCCUUCUAGCGGGCAUUCGGGGAAACAUCACGAAGUUAGUUCUGUCUGAUAACCUGCUGGGUGACAACUUAAAUCCGAUAUUUUCGACUGCAGAGUUCCAUAACCUGCCUGCUUUGGAGGAGCUGGAUCUAAGUGGGAACAGCAUACGAGGCCUUGAAGAAGGACUCCUGAUUGGAUGUGACGUUCUAAAGGUAUUGCGCCUCGACCGUAACAAUAUGAAUUCCGCGCCGUCCUCCUCACUCAAUGGGCCACAGUCAUUAAAAGUUCUCUCGCUGAGGGAAAACAGAAUAGGUACAAUAAGGCAAGCUACGUUCGUAUCACAGAAGACAUUAGAAGAAAUAGAUUUGCACGGAAACAUGAUUUCGACAAUCGAAGGCGGUGCAUUUAUCAGCCUGAGUGAGAUACAAAGCCUUGAUCUAGGUCGUAACAGACUCUCCAAGAUUAACAGUGAUGUGUUUCAAGGUAUAGAAACCUUGGAAAGAUUGGAUUUAUCUGAGAACUUCAUAGCUGAUUUCCCGACAGUUGCACUUAAAUCUUUCGGCAAUCUAAAGCAUUUAAAUCUAUCAAGCAACAUGAUUUCUAAUAUGGACCCUAGCCAUCUUAACUCGUUGAGUUCCCUACAAGUGUUGGAUUUGAGCAGAAAUAAUCUAGUAAAGUUAUCUCCUGGUACUUUUGUUGGACUGACAGAUUUAAGAUAUUUGGACAUCGGAGUUAAUUCCUUACGUACUGUGGAGGAUGACGCAUUUGAUGGUUUGACAAGUCUUCAAACUCUGUUGUUAAGAGACAACAAUAUUCUCCUCAUUCCUGCAACCGCACUGUCUCGAUUGCCUAGUGUUACGUCUGUUCAUUUAGGGUUUAAUAGAGUAACAGCAUUGUCAAGUGACAUAUUGAGAGCUGUUUCUGAUAGAAUAACUUCUUUGGUUCUUUCAAGGAAUGUCAUAAGAGAACUACCACCAGCUGCUUUUGAGCAUUUCAAAACUUUAAAACAUUUGGAUUUAUCAGGAAAUCUCUUGAACUCAAUUUCAGCAGAAGUAUUUAGUGGCUUAGAAACAACUCUUGAAUUUUUAUCUCUAAAUCAAAACAGAAUAUUGGGCUUUACUGGGGAGCAACUGAAAUUUGUGAGCCUUUGGUAUUUAGAUAUCUCAGGAAAUCAAAUAUCAGAAAUUCCAGUCAACGCUUUUCAAUCCAUUCCAAGCUUAACACAUUUGAAUAUGAGUCAUAAUUUACAUAUAAACGUUCUUCCUCAAAAUGUCUUUAAUUAUAACGAUGCAUUACUAACAGUUGACAUAAGCCACGUUGGUUUAAAAGCACUUCCAGUCAAUUUGUUUUCAAAAACUCAUAAUUUAGAACAAAUUUAUCUAUCCCAUAAUAAUUUGCAAGAAAUAUCCGAAGGUUCUUUUAAAAAUCUUAAGAAUUUAACUCAUCUUGAUUUGUCCUAUAAUAAUAUAGCCACGAUUAGAACACCUGCAUUUGUGAAUGUUAUGUCUAUUCAGUAUUUAUCAUUAAAAGGAAAUCAGCUAAAUGCUUUUAAAGGUGAGUUCUUUAAUACAGGAACUAGUUUAGAAGUGAUUGACGUUUCUGACAAUCAGUUAAGCUAUUUAUUCCCAUCUUCAUUCAAGAUUCAUCCAAGGUUAAGAGAAAUUAUCUUGACUAAUAAUAAAUUUAAUUUUUUCCCUUCUGAACUUAUAAGUACUCUUCAAUAUUUAGAACUUAUUGAUUUAUCUGGAAACGCUUUGAAGAACGUCGACGAGUUAGAUUUUGCUCGGUUACCUAAAUUGAGAUCAAUUUUACUGGCCAGAAAUGAACUCGAAACUGUGAGUGAAAUGGCUUUCCAUAAUUCUUCUCAGAUUCAACAUUUAGAUCUUUCAUAUAAUAAAAUUGAUCGGUUAGGUGAUAGACUUUUUGAAGGUCUUAUUAGAUUAGAAACUCUUAAUCUGAAAGGAAAUGUUCUUACUGAACUUCCUGACAACAUUUUUGAUAGAUCAAGAUUGCAUAUGCUUGAGACAAUAUUACUUAGUCAUAAUCUGUUUGAACAAGCUCCAUUAAAAGCAUUACAAAAACAGUACUUUUUCGUAUCAUCCGUAGAUUUGUCAUAUAAUGAUAUUAUGGAUAUACCAGCUGAAGAUAGCGUAAUGGUUAAUAUUAAAAAGUUAGACUUAUCAUUUAACCCUUUAUCAGAAAAAACUAUUAGCAACGUUUUAACUGAGCCAAAAACUGUUAGAGAUUUGAAUUUGGCAGGAACUGGAAUGAAAUCGGUUGGUCAGUUGGAAACUCCAUUUUUACAUAAACUAAACUUAUCGUACAAUAAUAUAUCAAAACUUACUGAAAAAACCUUUACGAGAACUACUUUACUAGAAUCAUUAGAUCUGUCGAAUAAUCAAUUCGGAGAUGUUUCCAAUUCACUAGCUAUUUCUUGGCCGAAAUUAAAAAACCUUUUGAGACUAAAUAUUUCGGAUAACCCAAUUAUAAUGAUUCUUGAAGGAAACUUUGAAAGCCUCACGUCUCUUCGUAUAUUAGAUAUGAGAAAUUUAGAAAAAAGCACCAAAAUUGAAAAGAAUGCUUUUAGAACUUUAUCAAACUUAGUGGAAUUCCGAGCUUAUGGAUAUCCAAGGCUAGGAUACUUUGAUGUGCAAGGCGCCUUACAAUAUUUAUUGGCACUUGAGAAGUUAGACGUUGAGGUAAAAGAUACUAACAUUGGCCCAGAUCAAUUGCAUUCAAUAUUGCAUCCACGUCUCGAGGAACUAGGUUUAAGAGGCAACCGCUUAAGAACUGUUUCCUCGGGUGUACUCGCAGGUUUGAAAGCUCCUAGUAUUACCGUUCGGUUACGAAAUACAUCCGUAACAAAUCUGCCACCAGCCUUGCUAUUUCCUUUACCACGAUCAUCUAGAAUAACUAUAGAUGUAGGUGGAAGUCAAUUAACUACGCUGCAACCUCAAUUGUUGGUUGCACUUGAUGAUCGUAAGGCAGAUUUGUCAAUGUUUGGAUUAGACACCAAUCCAAUCCGCUGUGAUUGUAACUCAAGAGCUUUAAGAAGAUGGCUUCCUACUGUUGGGAUUGAUGAGAUACGAUGUAGUUCUCCUGAGCAUUUAUCGGGAUUUUUACUAAUUGAAAUUGGUGACGACGAGCUGUCUUGCGAUACACGGCGCAAAACAACCGCUACAUCUUCUUCUAGUAGCGUUUCAACAACAGCCCCUCCACGUCUUGUUCACCGAACUUCUGCUGAGCCUGAUAUUAUUUGGUCAGUAGCACCGUCACACGAAAGGCCAAAACCUCAAGGGGAGCCCAAAGGAGCGCCAGUUAUUGGCGUCGCUACUUCUUCAAACGAUGAUAAUUUGAUUAUUGGAAUUGUAGGAGGAGUUGUAGCAUUCAUUGCUAUUCUAAUUGUCGCUAUAUGCAUAGUUCGUCUUCGGAUGACUACAACGUCUUACCGAGGUGGUCCGUUAGCCAAUAGUCCAGGAGCCGGUGGUGCUCCCUUAUGGGGUGCAGCUUGGCCUGGUUAUGCAGGCACGUUGCCACCUCCAUCAUUAUCGACAGCAACUUUGCCUCACAAAAUACAGUCAGGUCCGGGGUCAGUGCGAUAUUUAGCCGCGCCACCACCCCCAGCACCAUAUUUUAUUAGUCUUCCACCACACGACGAUAAAAUCUAUCGGUAGAAUAAUUUACAACAUUCCAAUUACAUAUUUGUGUAUAUUACACUUUUAUUAAAUAGUGUCUUCAAACUGAAGGUGUGUAAAUAUACUUAUAAAUUAUUAAGAAUAUUUGUGGAUGAAUGUAAAACUAAUAAGAGAGGAUGCUUGUAAUUUGUGCUUAGUUUUAGAUUCAGAAUGGUGCCCUUCUUUUCAAUGACUGGUUUUGUUUGUUUUCUAUUAAGAAUUAUGUAAUACUGUUAGAACUUGGGCUAGGUUGGAACUAUCUAGUCACCAGUGACAGGUGCCUAAAUGUGUG